GAUGCAAGGAAGAGAAGACGAGGGUGAGGUGAGGUGAGGCUGGCAGCAGGAGUGGAAAUAUUGGGUUGAAUCUCCAGCCAUGGUUCUCUUGGAUGCCUUGUCCUACUCAGCACCAGCUCUGGGACUGCAGCCAAGGUGGUGAGUCUUGUCUACCCCGAGCAUCUGCUGCGUGGCAGGAGGGAGCACCAAGUCCUGGCUGCCUUGCUCUGCCAGGGCUGUGAGCAGCACUGAGGCCAGCAGGGACUGUCUUUGGGGUGGCACAGAGCAGCUGUGCUGCCCAGCCUGGGCACUGUGGAUUGGCAGCACUGACAGCAGGCACUGCCAGGUGUGGGUUCAGGGUCCUUCUCUCCUUGAGGGAACCUCUUGGAAACUGCACCUCGGUUUAUCUGUGAAUUGGAGGCAGAGACAAAGGCUGGAUGAUCCUGUGGCAGUGCAGUGUUGGGGAUAAAUUGGCUCAGAGCUGGUCUGAGGUGCAAACUAAGAGCUGCUUGUUCACAGCACGUUGGGGCCUGAUUCUCAUCCUGAACUACAUCUCCAUGCCUGCCAAAGUUUUUCUGCUGCUACAUAGAAGGAUGUGUUUUCAGCAAAGGCUUCCAUGUGGAGACUGAAAAAAAUUAAAUAAAAAGUAACUCCAAGCUUGGAAUGGUGUUGCCAGGGAGAAUGUUUACAAGGAAGCAGCCUGAUAAACAAGGAAAAGCGGCAGCCUCAGGAAAGCAGGCUGGACUGAAAAAGUAACGGAAUUAUGUGGAACUUGUCUGAGUCACUGACCCUACAUCUCCACAAGUUCUUUCAGGGCACUGCUGUGAAGGAGGACCAAAGAGGCUGCAGCUGAGAGGAGAUCUGCCCUUUCUGGUCACCAAUGGUUUCAGAUCUCCUCCCCUAGCCUCUCCCAGUCUUUUGUACUUUCUGUGUUAAUCCAUCCAGUGCAGCAUACACUGACAGAGGCAGGAGCUGGAAAGCCUGCUCUGAAAGUGUCUGAUUGCUGCUGGACCAGCUGCAGGCAUGAACCUGAAAACCGUGCUCAUCCUCCUCGGUCUGGCAUUAGCCACGAUCUUCGCUCUGGUCUGCGUGCUGCUGACCAGAGAAAGGACCCCCAGAAGCUGCCAGCACCUGCCCCCGGAGCAGGAGGACACGGAGGAUGGGCAGAGCCUGGUGUUUGCCGACCUGACAGCUGAGGAGAUGUCCCAGGUGGUGCUGUACCUGCGGGGCCACCUCGGGGUGCCGCUGGUGGACGCGUCCCGUGCCAAACCCUCGGAGAACUGCAUCGCCUGGCUGGAUCUGCAGGUGCCCGCCAAGGCAGAGGUGCUGCGGUUCCUGGACGGCGGCGGGGCUCGUCCCCCCCGGGAGGCUCUGGCCGUGCUGUACUUUGGGCAGCAGCCAGAGCCCAACAUCACCGAGUACGUGGUGGGGCCGCUGCCCGGGCCGGCGUACCACCGGGACGUGACGGUGCAGAAGUACGGGGGGAAGGUGCCCUACCACCGCAGGCCCACGCUGGCUGUGGAAUACAAGCAGAUCGGAGCGUUUCUGAAGAGCCAAGUGUUCCCCUCGGCUCCAGCUUUCAUGCAACAAGUAAUGGAGUACGACGGAGCCAAUCUUGCCGCGGUGACGGCUGCUCCCCGCGGAUUCCAGUCUGGGGAUCGGGUCACCUGGUUUGUCCUGUUUCAGAACGUGAGUGGAUUCUUUGUGCACCCGGUGGGGCUGGAGGUGCUGGUGGACCACAGCAGCCUGGACGUGUCGCAGUGGGCGGUGAGCAGGGUGUUCUACAACGGGCAGUACUACAGGGACAUGGUGCAGCUGGAGAGUGCCUACGUGCAGGGUCGGCUCAGCGUGGAGAAGGUGAGGAGAGCACCGUGGGACGGGGACUUCUCGUCCAUGAAGCCCCGAGCGCCUGCGGCCGCGCUGUUCCCGCUGCAGUUUGAGCCGCAGGGUCCCCGCUACAGCGUCAGGAACAACCGGGUGCUCUUCCAGGGCUGGAGCUUUGCCUUCGGGAUGAGCGUGAGCACGGGCCUGCGGCUGUUUGACAUCCGACACAAGGGGGAGAGGGUUGCCUAUGAGAUCAGCGUGCAGGAGGCGCUGUCCGUGUACGGCUCCAACUGCCCGGCCGGGAUGUCCACCCGCUACAUGGACGGCAGCUUUGGCCUGGGCCGCUACACCUCGCCCCUGGUGCCAGGGGUGGACUGCCCCUACCUGGCCACCUACGUGGACACGCACUCUCUGUCUGACAGCCUGAGGCCCAAGAAGAGGAAGGCUUCGCUCUGCGUCUUUGAGCACAACCUGGGCUCCCCUCUGAGGCGCCACUACUCCAACUUGCAGUCGCUCUACUACGGGGGGCUGGUCAACUCCGCUCUGGUCCUUCGCUCCAUCACCACCGUGGGCAACUACGACUACGUGUGGGACUUCAUCUUCUACCAGAACGGGGCCCUUGAGGGCAAGGUGCAGGCCACGGGGUACCCAAGCUCGUCCUUUCUCCAUGGGGAUGGCCUGAGAUACGGCAAUAGGCUUUGGGAGCACACCCUGGGUACGAUACACACCCAUUUUGUCAACUACAAGGUGGACUUGGAUGUGGGAGGGGUGAAAAACUCCCUCGUGGCCCAUGACAUGGCAUUUGAGAUGGCACAGGCUCCCUGGAGCCCAGAGCAGCAGAUAGAGCGGCCACGACUCACCAGGAAAGUCCUGGACACAGAAGACCAGGCUGCCUUCCGACUCCAGUCCAAGAUGCCCAGAUACAUCUACUUUGCAGCCAACAGCAAAAACAAGUGGGGCCACCAGCGUGGCUACAGGAUCCAGAUCACCAGUUCUGCAGGGGACCACAUCCCCGAGGCCAGUUCCAUGGAGAGGGCCAUCAGCUGGGCAAGGUACCAGCUGGCUGUCACCCGGAGGAAGGAGGAGGAGCCCACCAGCACCAGCAUCUACAACCAGAACGACCCCUGGACACCCACUGUGGCCUUUGCUGACUUCAUCAACAACGAGACCAUCACCAACGAGGACCUGGUUGCCUGGAUAACUGCUGGCUUCCUCCACAUUCCGCACUCUGAGGAUAUUCCCAACACUGUGACCGUGGGAAACUCGGUUGGUUUUCUCCUGAGGCCCUACAACUACUAUGACCUGGACCCCUCUAUAUACUCCCAGGAUGGUGUGUUCUUCACCAGCGAGCAGGACUUUACAGCAUGUGAAAUCAACCCUCUUGCCUGCUUGCCCAAAACUGCCUCCUGUUUGCCAAAUUUCCCCCCAUUCACCUAUGAUGGUUUUCGAAAUAUGACCAGGGUUUAAUGCUGCAGGAUGGUGAGGAGAUGUGGUCAGAGACACCAGGCUGACCGUUCUGUCUCCGAUUUUCAGCUUUUUAGUGAAGUUGUCUCAAUUUUCAGUUGUCCAGUGACUUCACAUUUUGUCAUUGCUUUUGAAAUAGUGCUCUUGAAGAGGGAAACAUGAUUUUGCUAACAUGAUGUGAGAUGGAAGUCUACAUUAUCUGUUAGUUCCUGAAUUUGAGUCUAUCGCCAGAGGAAAGUGAGGAGAGAAUCCUGUUCCUCUGCUGUAGAAGCAAGUGCUGUGUAGUGCAUAUCUCAGGUUAAAAUAAUGAAAAUGGUGCUGGUCCAAUGCUCUAAAGUGUCUCUUUCUUACAACUUACAGCAGCGUCUCCUGGGGAUAGUGCUGGACUCUGCCAUGUUUCCUGUGCCCACAAACACCCAGCGUGGCUCUGGGUGUUGUCAGGGCACGGGGAUGUCCAGCUGGAGGGCAGGAGGGACAAGCUGUGGUGGAGGUGGGCACUGGCACCAAGCUCUGUGGCUGUUGGGCUGUUGGGUCGUGGCCAGGACUGUGUGGGUUGUGGCUGUCAGGCCCUCAGUGCUGGGCACAAGGCAGGGAUCUGGACAGGACCUUGCAGGAAGUGGUUUAAUGGCUUUAAUGGUUUCAUCUUUCCUGGCUGUUGGUGAUGCAGGAUGGCCAGUGCCAUUGCCUGUUUGGCUGGACCCUGUUCCCCUCCUCCAGCCCCAUCUGCGCUAGGCUGUAACUCAGGAUCGGUGGGCACCUUUGGAAGGUGACAAACAGCUGUCCCCUGCCCCCUGGCUGCAGGACCAUGGGGAUGCUGGCAGCAGCAGUGAUGGCAGGGCUGUGUCAGGAUGGGGCAGUGGUGCUGUGUUUAGCACUGCUCUGCACUGGGAAGGAUUGUCUCUCCAGCCACUGCUUCCUGCCCAGCAUCUGUGGGGUUAAGAGAAAGAGAAGUGAGAAUGUGCUUAUUCCCCCUAA